AUGACGAAGGCUCUGCAGUCUCGAAGCCCAUCUCCCGGGGUGCAGGAACGGCCUCCUAGAUCCAGCGGUGUAUAUACAGGCAGCGAAUCCACGGGGCUCAGCCUGCAAAAGCCAACACAACCUUCAGCAACCGCAGGACCUUUGGGAGGCUGGGAAAAGGUUCAUUUUGCGGGUGGCCGCGCUGGACAGCCGAUCUUUUGUUUUGUGUUUAUACUAGUUUUCUGGGAGUGGCAGGGGGCUCCCUCCCGAAGAACGAAGAACGGUGAUGUAUCUCAAAUUCAAAUACCAAAAAAGAAUCAGGAGGGUCAGCAGAACGGGAGUCAGCAGAAUCAGGAGAGUCACAGAAUCAGGAGAGCCAGCAGAAUCAGGAAAGCCUGGCAGAAUCAGGAGAGUCAGAAGAAUCAGGAAGCAGCAGAAUGGGAAAAGGGGGCAGAAUCAAAAGAGUCAGCAAAUCAGGAGAGUCAGAGAAUCAGGAGAGUCAGCAGAAGCGGAGAGCCCCAGAACAGAGACCCGGGAGAAACAGGAGGCGAGAACAGGGGAGAGAAAAACAGGAAAGGGGGACGAAUCAAGAGAGUCAGCAAGAAUCAGGGGAAAUGCAGAACGGAGAUCAACAGAAUCAGGAGAGUCAGGAGAAACGGGGGAGGGUCAGCAGAAUCAGGAGAUCAGCAGAACAGGGGAGCCACAAAUGGAGAGUUAAAGAAUCAGGAGUCAGCAGAACAGGAGAUUAAAAAGAAAGGAGAGCACAGAAUCAGGAGAGUCAGAAAAUCAGGAAUAGCAGAAUCAGGAGAGUCAGCAGAAUCAGGAGAGUCAGCAGAACAGGAAAGUCACAGAACCCGGAAGUCAACAGAACAGGGGGGAGUCAGCAGAACGGGAGAGUCAGCAGAACAGGAGGGUUUCAGAACAGGAAAAGCGCAGAAUCAGGGAGUCAGCAGAAUCAGGGGAGUAGAGAACAGGGGAUCAGCAGAAUCAGGAGAGGACAGAACAGGAGUCCCGAAAUCAGGGGAGUCAGAAAAAUCAAGAGAACAGGAAUCGGAGGUAGCAGAAUCGAGAGUCAAGAAUGGGAAAAAAGAAAAGGAAAGGGCAAAAAUAGGAGUUAGCAGAACAGGAACGCGAAUCAAGAGAGUCAACAGAAUAAAGGGGAAAGUCAGAGAACAGGAGAUCAGCGAAAGGAGAGUUAGAAAAACAGGAGAGUCAACGAAUCAGGAGGGUCAAAGAACAGGAGAGCAAAGAACAGGAAGUGGGGAAUCAGGAAGUCAGAAAAAUCAGGAAAACAACAAAUCAGGGGACAGAGAAAACAGGAGAGUCAGCAGAAUCGGGGAGUCGGAGAAUCGGGGAAAUCAGCAGAAUCGGAAAAGCAGCAGAAUAGGAAGUCAGAGAAUAGGAAGUAAACAGAAUAAAGGGAAGUCAGAAGAAUUUAGGUCAACAGAAUCAGGAGGGCAGAAAUCAGGAGAUUUCGCAAAAAUCAAGAGAACAGAAAUCAGGAGAGUCGCAGAAUCUUAG